GCUGGCGAUGAGAACGUGGCCGCCUCCGAUCACGCCCACGACGCUGACGACGCUUCAGGCAAGGACUUCGCCAUCAACAACCAUCUGGUAUUUUUCAACAGCAAGGCGGUGCCCGCCGGCAACUUCACCUACAAAUUUGGCAUACUUGUCUCCGGCCGCGCGGCCAUGCUCACCUGCGCGGACAUCUCCAAGGGCAUCACCGCCAAGCUCCUCAACGCGCACAAUUACAAUUGGGACGAAUCGCACUUCAGCGCCAUCGCCGCCAAGAUGGGCGAAGCGCACGCAAAGGCACAUCCGGAGUCCCACGAAGAGCAUCACCGCUACUCUGUCGCCAUCGGCGACUUCAACAUAUCAGAUCAGCCAGUCUACUCCUACGACACACCCACUGCCACGUGGUCGGCUGCCACGCCACACGCCAGAGCUGAUGGCAAUGCCAACGCUUGGAGACAACUGUUCCGGACUAUGACAGAAUUCCCUACUGGACAGCCGACGCGGUUCUCCAAGGCUACGCGCACGGCGUCUGCGAUCGACAGGGCCUUCAUCUCCACCGAUGAGCACGCCUUGCUGCACAAUGACAUAUCCUAUGAGAUUAACCGGGAGGCCGUUGCCCUUUCCAACGCUCGUCUCAGUGACCAUGCUCUCGUCGUCCUCCGGCUCAGGGAAACCACGGUCAAGCCCCUCGGCGAGCGCGCAAUGCCGUCUCUCAUCUUCAAGAUGCCGCGCUAUCGGCACCAUAACGAGACCUUUUACAACCUCUCUUCGAUCCAGCACAUGGGAGUUGAAGGACGAUGGAGAGCUACGAAGAUUCUCAUGCGGGAGGCCGCCCGCCUUACCCGCGACGAGGCCCAGCAGUGCCGCAAGGACGACAUUUCCGACUUCGCCCGGCAGGGCCGCCUCAUCACUGCCCGGGCUAUCUCCCGAGCGGUCUGGCAGAACAACACCCCCACUGCCGAGCUCCUGAUCGCCACCACGACUUUGGGCAAGGAGCAGCUGCUGAUCCAUGACACCAUGGUGGCCCUGCUGGACCCGCGG